GGGAAGCAUUUCAAAGUCUGGAGUCUUGCAAAACUGUCCUAUGUUUAUAAUUUCUAGGGUUUUGGCGGUCUAUGUGUACAGUCAUCGGACAGAAUCUGGUGAUUGAUAAGCCGGAUGUGAAAUCAGGUCCGUUGAAAGUCAUCCUAUAUUUUUAUCGGCGAUAGCAGGGUCCCUUUCCUGUCGCAGAGGAGGGAGAAGCGCAGACUCGUGAGGAGAGGAGAGCUUUGGUGCAGCGGCAAAACCACCAGAUUUAGCGACCAUGGGAAAGGUUCACGGUUCUUUGGCUCGAGCUGGGAAAGUGAGGGGGCAAACCCCAAAGGUAGCGAAGCAAGAUAAGAAGAAGAAGCCCAGAGGAAGGGCUCACAAGCGAAUGCAGUACAACCGCCGCUUCGUCACAGCAGUGAUUGGUUUUGGGAAGAAGAGGGGACCCAACUCAUCAGAGAAGUAGAUCUACAGAGUAAAAUAUUAUGAGAAGCUUGGUUAGUGAUGAUUUUGGAGGGUUUGAUUUUUGUCUUGUACUAUUGAAAAUUGUCUCCUUUUUCUCGUUUCUUAGUGGAGUAAAUCUGUAAAGUAUUUGUGGGAGGCUCAAGACUUCAACGUUUGAGAUUUGACAGUGUUAUAAAUUUCAAGUAUUACAGAGUUAGUGGUGAAGAGUGUUUCUUUCUUUUGUGUUUGAACUUAUAUGAGACUUGUAAGGUGAUCUUCAAUGAAUGCAUAAUUGAAAUUAUCAUCUUC